GGCACGCGCCCGUGCGCGCUGACGUCACGCCGGCACGCGCCCGUGCGCGCUGACGUCACGCCGGCACCAGCCCGCCCCCACGACGCACGGGCGGUCGGUCCAGGCGCAGGAAGGCGACGAUGUCGGCGGACACGGAGAAGCAGGAGAAGGCGGCGGCGGAGGAGGAGGACGAGGAGAGCGAGGACGACAGCGAGAUCCUCGAGGAGAGUCCGUGCGGCCGUUGGCAGAAGCGGCGCGAGGAGGUGAGCCAGCGCAAUGUGCCCGGUAUCGACAGCGCCUACCUGGGCAUGGACACGGAGGAGGGAGUUGAGGUCGUCUGGAACGAGGUGCAGUUCUCCGAGAGACGCAACUACAAGGCGCAGGAGGAGAAGAUCAAGACGGUGUUUAAUAACCUCAUCCAUCUGGAGCACGCCAACAUCGUCAAGUUCCACAACUACUGGGCCGACAUCAGGGAGAGCAAAGCCCGGGUGAUCUUCAUCACUGAGUAUAUGUCCUCGGGCAGCCUCAAGCAGUUCCUCAAGAAGACCAAGAAGAACCACAAGACCAUGAACGAGAAGGCCUGGAAGCGCUGGUGCACGCAGAUCCUCUCCGCUCUCGGGUACUUGCACUCGUUUGUGCCGCCCAUCAUCCACGCGAACCUCACGUGCGAAACCAUCUUCAUGCAGCACAACGGGCUGAUCAAGAUUGGCUCCGUCGCCCCCGGCGCCAUAAACGACCACGUGAAGACAUUCCGCGCCGAGCAGAAGGAUCUGCACUUCCUGGCGCCAGAGUACGCAGACCUGGCCGGCAUGACUAUAGCAGUGGAUAUCUACUCAUUUGGCAUGUGCGCUUUGGAGAUGGCCGUGCUGGAGAUCCAGCCCAACGGUGAUUCCACGGUGGUCUCGCAGGAGGCCGUGCAGGCCGCCAUCGGCUCCCUGGAGGACCCCCUGCAGAGGGAGUUCAUCCAGCGGUGCCUGUGCCCGGAGGCGGCGGGGCGGCCCACGGCGCGGGAGCUGCUCUUCCACCCGGCGCUCUUCGAGGUGCCGUCCCUCAAGCUGCUCGCCGCGCACCGCUUCCUGGGACACGCGCACACCCUGGCGGAGAACGCCGUGGAGGAGAUGACCAAGAGGAUUGAUGUCAACGGAGUCAUCGCCGAGAUCUCCCACCUGGGGAGGGAGGGCGUGCAGUGGAGGUUUUCUCAGCUUUCGUCCCUGGAACUCGACAAGUUUCUCGAAGACGUCAAGAAUGGGAUCUACCCGCUGACGGCGUUCGGGCUGCCGCAGCCGCACCACUCGGCACGCGCCCAGUCGCCCGCAGCCCCCGAGUCCGAGCGCAGCCCCACGCCCGAGCCCAUUGAGCAGGAGACGCGCAGGGUGGUCCACGUGCAGUGCAACGUGGAGGUGUGCGAGGACGGGAGCCGACGACAUCUCUUGCUCUUCCUGAAGCUGGAUGACAAGCUCAACCGGCAGCUCAGCUGUGAGAUCCAGCCAGGAGACAGCUCACAAAUGCUGGUGGCUGAACUGGUGCAGUUUGGCCUCAUCAGUGAGAGCGACUGCGGCAUGAUGGUCGGGCACGUUGACGACGCGCUCGGGACCCACCCUCCGUGCGGCCUGCUCAACGGCUGUGCCCACUCGCUGGCGUCCUCGUAGCCACCGCUGGCGCCGAGCCGCUAAGAUCACCGCCGCCGCAGGCGCAGCACCGGCUUGCGGCGACGAAGAGAGCCCCUCCGCCGCUCGCCGUCUACCGCUCGCCAUCACCACUCGCCACCCUCGCCCUCUCUGGCCCCCGACCCCACCAGCGCCUUCGUAUUAUGCACCUUGUCUAGCAGAACCCAUUGAGAGCAGCUGUCAUUCAUGAAGGAGGUGGCCAGAGUGUAUAUCCCAGACUCUGUCGUUAACCCUGGCAUCCUAAACCCGCUCGACCGCACGUCCCCCCCUCCCAUCCACACUGCUGGUCACAGAGCAAUGUCGAGGCUGCCCGUGACCAAGCAAGAGAAGGGGAAGGGUGGGGGGUUCAGUUCUGCCGCGGUGGUAGCCGCGCCGAUUGCCUGCCAGCAGGCACCACCCGUUAUUUAUGUGGCUCGUGUACGCGCCAUGCUUGUCCGUCAAGAGCACGCGGCUGUGGCCCUCCCGACUGUGGGGGGGAACGGGAGUUUGGGAGGCGCCCCGUGGCCCGGGCGCAUCGCACGCGCUCGGGACCACCGGCGCCGGCCCUCCCUGUCCUGAUUCAGGACGACACUUUGUUGUGUUGCUUCGGAGGAGAGCGAGAGAGAGAGAGACGCGCCAACGCCUUGCGUUUGCGGAACCUCGGUGGCGGUUUUGUUGAGGUUCCCACCUCAUUCCCGUGCCCCCGGGGUCGAUGGUUUCCGGUUGUUUUGAUUCAGAUCCACCCGGUUUUUAGAUUCAUGACGUUGCGUGCGCAGGGUGGUCGACGAAUGUGUAAGUAAAACGGAAAAAGGUGAAGUUGCAGCCCUGCAAUUACUUUGCUCGUGCCUGUGCUGGCGGAAAGGCCUCCGCUAAAGGGAGCUCCAAACACGUAGGUACUUUAUUGAUCGAAUUAAAAACGAUUAUUAUGCUCAUGCGACGUGCGUCGAAGAGUGUAUGCGAAAAUCGGUCAUCGUAUAAAAAUGAUAUGCAAUUGUUUCCUUUAGGCCAAUGAAGGAAUAAUUCUGACCAAACACAUCGUAUCAUAUGAGACAGUAUGAACCAGACCAAACUCAUUCUGGGUUUGAAUCGUGGUUCAAUCGGGAUAGAUUGUAGAAUGCCGAGUGAAGCUGGCGCUGUAGUGCAAAAUACUGCUGCUCAGAAAGAUAGUCCAUAACCCAACCCCGAACCACAACCACAUACGUAACCACAACCAUUCCAACCUCAUCGACUUCCACAAGCGUAUUACUCACCACACCCCCUAUCCCUCGCGCCGAACCAUUCACGAAAUCCCAACCCACUCCCCUAUCUCUUAACCCCAACCGUAGCCUCAAUGCUAUCACUAACCACAACCCCUAUCCCAUUACCCUAACUCUCUGUAACCCUAUGCCUAUUCCCAAUUCUAACCCCAAACCCUUCGAUUCCAAACCACCCAAGUCUAUCCUAUCCCCCAUUUCUAAUGCCUAACCCCAACACCUUAACUUCCCUGUCUCAAACUCUAAAACGCCCUUGAACCAAAACCCGUCCCUAACCUGAACUCUUAACUCUAACCCGGUCCCUUCACCCCAAGCCUAUCCUAUUUCCCCGUUCUCCUAACCCCCUGAUCCUAAAACCUGACCCCCUCUUCCUAACCUCAACCCUCUCCUGAUCCCCAGAAGGCCAGCUCUUCCUGCCGCCCUUCUCAUCCGUGCGCGCUUUGCUUUCAUCAACCUCGCCCGUUCCUGUGCCCCCCACCCACCACACCCCCCACACCCCCCACACCCCCCCACCCACCACACCCACCCACCACACACACCCCACACACCCCACCCACGCCACCCACCCAGUAACCCCCCCCUGUCCCACCCACCCCCCCACUCAGUAACCCCACCCACCCAGUAACCCACCCCACCCAGUAACCCCCACCCACCCGGUAACCCCCCCGCCCCACCCACCCCACCCUAUUCAGUAACCCACCGCACCCACUAACCGUCCCCCGCCCCACCCACCCAUUAACCCCGCCCCACCCAGUAACCCCCCCCCGCCCCACCCACCCAAGAGGUUUUUUUUGGGUUAGAUCCCGUAAAUGUUCAUGUUAACCCACCACCACCACCACCCGACACGGCCAAUUAGCAAGGUUUGUCACGUAAACAGAAGGUGCCAAUUAGUUGCUACUUGAGCACACCGCUUGUGUGUUGGAGAGUAAAUUGCAAACGUGUGUUUACUCUCCAACACACGAGCGGUGUGGUGAAGCAGUAACCAACUGGCACCUUCUGUUUACAUGUCAAACCUUACUAAUUGGUCCGUGUCGGGUCGUGGUGAUUGUGGGUUCACGAGACAUUUAUAUUUACGCGAUCUCACCCAAGAAAAAGGUUUUCAUGGUUAAUAUUGGCCGCGACCGCCUACUACGCGUGUGUGUGUCUGUGUGUGUGUGUGUGUCGCUACAGCCCCCCCCCCCGCCGUGACGGGAGUGGGGGGGCAGCUUCCCUCUCCUGCCCCCACCCCUACGAGUUUGCAGUGUUAUUGUCCGCGCCGCGGGAACGAGGAAUUGUCCUUACAUCGCGCUUUGAAAUAAAUAAACAAACAGUCGCCACGA